AUGACAACCAAUAUGAAAGAGCUGAGCGGUCACACUGAACAUAUGUACAGUCCAGUUGCUAGUAUGCAGCACGUCCCAGAUUCGGCUUCAGGGGCUAAGUUGACGAAUGAACGCAAAGCCCAGAUCGAGGUCAUCCCUUGUAAGGUCUGUGGUGACAAGUCGUCUGGGGUUCACUAUGGUGUUAUCACUUGUGAAGGUUGUAAGGGAUUUUUCAGACGAAGUCAGGCUGGUCCCGUAAAUUACCAAUGUCCUCGGAAUAAAAACUGUGUCAUUGAUCGUGUUAACAGGAACCGUUGUCAGUACUGCCGACUACAGAAAUGUAUUGCCCUAGGAAUGUCCAGGGAUGCGGUCAAGUUUGGCCGAAUGUCAAAAAAGCAGAGGGAAAAAGUAGAAGAUGAAGCUAAUUUUGUAAAACAAAAUAGAAUAAAUGGAUAUGGCCCGGCAUCUCCAACCCAACUCAUACCCUCGCCAAAUAACAACAAUCAAUUUACAGGAUACACAGAUCCAAAUUUCAUGUAUACAAAUAACGGGUACACAUACGCUCUCCCGUCACCGACCGAAACGCCACAGCCUGAAACCCCAGUGACCUCUGACCCCCCAUCAUACACGGUGGCGACAACAUCUCCAACGACAACACAAGCUGCUCCUCAUCCGGUGACGCUUAUCAGGGCUAUUGAUCUCAUGGAUUCUGUUACAUUUGGUAAAGCCAUCAUUGACGCACAUGUACGAACAUGCUUGUAUAGUAAAGAACAGAUUGAUCUGGUGAAAUCCAAUCUCCCCACACUGGAAAUACUAGAGGCCUUUAAGAAUAUGACACAUAAACAGUUGUGGGCUGAGGUGGCAGAGAAAAUUACGAUAGCUGUCCAGCAAAUUAUAGAGUUUGCCAAGAUGGUGCCAGGAUUUAUGGAUCUGUCACAGGAUGACCAGAUCAUGUUAUUAAAAGCAGGGAGUUUUGAGCUGGGAUUAAUACGAUGUUGCAGAGUGUUUGACGUUGUCAGGAAUAGUGUAGUAUUUGGAAACACUCUCUUACCACUAGAGGCCUUUGAUGGUUUUAAUGAGGAGGAAACCCAUUUAAGAGACAAUAUUUUUGAAUUUGUGAAGUCACUGAUGACGUUAAAUCUUACAGAAACGGAGUUAGCUCUCUUUAGUGCUGUCAUGCUAAUUCGCCCAGAUCGGCCUGGACUAAAGGAAUUACCUGACAUUCAAAAACUUUAUGAAAAGGCGUUGGCUGCACUUAAAAUGGAGAUUGGAAAGAGUCAUACAGAGGAUGGGGAGCUGCUGAAUAAGCUUAUGAUACAUGCUUUCUCACUUCAAAAUCUAAGUGCCCAACAUAUUGUGCUAUUGAAUAAGUUCAAACAGUCAGCUCCGGAAGUGGAGUUUCCUGCCCUUCACAAGGAACUCUUCAGUGUCGAAGGGUUAGAUAAUUCCUGA